UUGAAGCUUCUAGUGUUCUCAUCAAAAAUUCAGAAUAAUCAAAGGAUCAAGAUGCGCGCAAUCAUUGCCUUUUGUUUCAUCAUUGUUAUCAUUUAUCUGAUCACACCAAACGAAGCCAACUAUAGGAAACCACCAUUCAAUGGGUCCAUUUUUGGAAAACGUGGAAGUAUUGAAAAUGACACGACUGGAAAAGCCAUGUCUGCGUUGUGUGAGAUCGCAUCCGACACCUGUCAAGCGUGGUUCCAAGCUUUAGAAAAUAAAAAAUAA